GGUUGAUUGGCAACAUUAAAUGGUCCCUACUGUGUGUACGCCGCCUUCCACCCGUGUGCAGCUGGGAUAGGCUCCAGCCCCUCGCGACCCCAAGAGGGACCGGCGGUGAGACGGAAGAACGUCUUUAAAUGGCAAACCAUUUGCGAUGCGCAUGCGCGUAGGUGUGACAGUUUGCACGCGAGGAGAGCGCGGAGGAAUUCAAGCGGCGCCCUAACUAACCUGAAAGCCGACUCACGCCUUCCGCGCCACUGCGCCGCGACUCAUGUCCGGUGUCUCCUCGCGGUCGUCCACCAUCCCGGUCCCCUCGCUCCCUCCCUGCGUCUCCGGCUGCGUGGGCAGGCUGCUGGAGGGGGGAAAUGGUCGCGUCCUCGCCCAGGAACAUUCCCGUGACGCCGCCAUUGAUCUGAGCAGGAAAAUGGCCAUGCAGAACCUCAGCUGCCACUACAACGAGCCCAUGAGCUUCUUCUACAACAACAGCGGCGCCAACGACAAGUGGGACAAGACGCAGCUCAUUGUGGUCCAAGUGGUGGGUUCCCUCUUCUGCUGCUUCAUCCUGGUCUCCAACGCCAUGGUCAUCGCCGCCGUGAUCACCAACAAGAAGUUCCACUUCCCCUUCUACUAUCUCCUGGCCAACCUGGCCGCCGCCGACUUCCUGGCGGGCAUCGCGUACAUCUACCUGAUGUUCAACACGGGCGAGGUGUCGCGGAAGCUGACGGUGAAAGGCUACUUCAUCCGCCAAGGUCUGCUGGACAUCAGCCUGUCCGCCUCGCUGGCCAACCUGCUGGUCAUCGCGCUGGAGCGCUACAUCGCCGUCAUGAACCUCAAAGUCCACAGCAACCUGACCAAGAGGAGGGUGACCCUGCUCAUGGUCCUGGUGUGGGCCAUCUCCAUCCUGAUGGGGGCCGUGCCCAGUCUGGGCUGGAACUGCACCUGCAACCUGAGCGACUGCUCCCAGCUGGCGCCCCUGUUCAGCAGGAGCUACCUGGUCUUCUGGUCCGUGUCCAACCUGGUGGUCUUCCUGGUGAUGGUGGCCAUCUACAUGAGGAUCUACGCCUUCGUCAAGAUGAGGACGUCCAUGCUCACGCCGCACACCCGGGGCUCCGUCAGCCGCAAGAGGACGCCCAUCAAGCUCAUCAAAACCGUCAUGGUGGUGCUCGGAGCCUUUGUGGUCUGCUGGACCCCCGGCCUGGUGGUCCUGCUGCUGGACGGCCUGAACUGCACCAGCUGCAAGGUGAUGAAACUGAAGCGCUGGCUGCUGCUCCUGGCCGUUGCCAACUCCGUCAUGAACCCCUGCAUCUACUCCUACAAGGACGAGGAGAUGUGGACCACCUUCAAGAACCUCCUGCGCUGCAUUGGCCACGGCACGCGGCGCCAGCGCUCCACGCGGGCCAACACCCGGCCCUUAAGCUCCGCCCUGGACACGGUUACCAGCCAGCCUCCGUCCGAGGAAACCAAGAUCGAGGACGAGGACGAGGACGUCUUUCGGACCUGAGAACGGAAUGGGUGCUCUUGGAAGAACGUAGGGGUCCGCCUAGAAAGCGGACGUGAAGAUCCUCUGUGGUCUAGAGUCCACCCUGAGAGAAACCUGGCCUUGGCCCUCACAGAACCUCUGGGUCAGGUCCAACUGAGAGGACACCCGGCUGCCAGUCGGCCGGGGGGAAUGUCAGCGUUUUCUCUUGCUACAAUCGCAUCCUUUUCAAAACGCAACUUGUUUUUUUCCCAGCUGGAGACAAACGUUAUUUAUCUCUCAAAAACUCUAUUGGACGUCUUCACUGCAGCCUCUGUUUUUAUAUCGCAUAAUGUACAGAAGUCACUUCCUGUUUUUAUAUCGCAUAAUGUACAGAAGUCACUUCCUGUUUUUUAGUACAAAAAGGUUUGUUUUGUUUUUUUACACUGAAUUUUUGUUAACAUCAAAUUAUGUUGACAAUUUCAUUGAAUGAAAAUGUGUUUAGAUUAUUCAGGCAAAAAAUUGAGGAUUCAUUUAAGUGAGUUUUGAAGUAGCAAAUAUGUCUGCACUGAAUGUAUAUACACUGAAUUUUUUUGUGAACUGUAUUUUAUUUUAUUUUUUUUACAUCAAAUGAUGCUGACAAUUUCAUUGAAUGAAAAUGUGUGCUUUAAAAUGUGUAUAAGUGUGUAAAAUAUCUGUGUAAAGUGUUCAUUCAUUGUAUGCACAUUCAGUGUAAAAAAAAUGUAUCACUAUUAAAAUUCAGUGUAAAAAAAAUCACUAUUAAAAUUCAGUGUCAAAAAAUCUCUAUUAAAAUUCAAUGUCAAAAAAAUCACUGUAUUAAAAUUCAGUGUAAAAAAAAUCACUGUAUACAAAUUCAUUCAUUGUAUACACUUUCAGUGUAAA